AAACGGAUAUCCUCCGAUGCAUUAUUCCCUCCCCCAAGUCUCUCUGAAACCGACAAGACUGGGGUUAUGAAGUCAAUCCUAGAUGGCCUCGCAGAUACAACUUUCCGAACAAUCACAACAGAUCUCCUUUACGUGGGCUCCAACGAUAUCCAGUACGAAGACAUGAAAGGCGACAUGGCAUCCAAGCUGGGAUACUAUCCCCAGAAGUUCCCUCUCUCUUCCUUCAGGGGUGAUCCUUUCCAAGAAAAAAUGACUGCGGGAGAUGAUCCCCUCUUGAGCAUUAUUCCCUCAGAUCAGGUCAACAUCACAGAGUUUUACAACAAGUCCCUGUCCACGUUUAAGGAUAAUGAGGAGAACAUACAGUGUGGGGAGAACUUCAUGGAUAUGGAGUGCUUUAUGAUCCUGAACCCCAGCCAGCAGCUGGCCAUUGCUGUGCUGUCGCUCACCCUGGGCACCUUCACAGUCCUAGAGAACCUCCUCGUCCUGUGCGUCAUCCUCCACUCCCGAAGCCUCCGGUGUAGACCCUCCUACCAUUUCAUCGGCAGCCUGGCUGUGGCCGACCUCCUGGGCAGCGUGAUUUUUGUCUACAGUUUUGUGGAUUUCCAUGUUUUCCACCGGAAGGACAGCCCCAACGUCUUCUUGUUCAAACUGGGUGGAGUUACAGCCUCCUUCACCGCCUCUGUAGGUAGCCUUUUCCUCACGGCAAUAGACCGGUACAUAUCUAUACACAGGCCGCUAGCUUACAAAAGGAUUGUUACCCGACCAAAGGCUGUCGUAGCGUUUUGUGUGAUGUGGACCAUCGCUAUUGUAAUAGCCGUUCUUCCUCUGCUCGGCUGGAACUGCAAAAAGCUCAAUUCCGUUUGUUCGGACAUAUUCCCUCUCAUCGACGAGACGUACCUGAUGUUCUGGAUUGGGGUCACCAGCGUUCUCUUGCUGUUCAUUGUCUAUGCCUACAUGUACAUACUGUGGAAGGCUCACAGCCACGCUGUUCGCAUGAUUCAGCGGGGCACGCAGAAAAGCAUAAUCAUUCAGUCGACCGAGGAUGGUAAGGUACAGAUCACUAGGCCUGAUCAAACUCGUAUGGACAUCAGGUUAGCCAAAACCUUGGUCCUUAUCCUAGUCGUUUUAAUCAUAUGCUGGGGCCCUCUCCUCGCCAUCAUGGUGUACGAUGUCUUUGGGAAAAUGAACAAGCUCAUCAAGACUGUCUUUGCCUUCUGUAGCAUGCUCUGUUUGCUGAAUUCGACAGUGAAUCCCAUCAUCUACGCUCUGAGGAGCAAGGACUUGCGACACGCCUUCCGCAGCAUGUUCCCCACCUGCGAAGGAACCGCACAGCCCCUCGAUAACAGCAUGGAGUCUGACUGCCAGCACAAACACGCCAACAACGCGGGGAACGUGCACAGGGCUGCCGAGAGCUGCAUUAAGAGCACAGUUAAGAUUGCCAAAGUUACCAUGUCUGUCUCCACAGACACGACUGCUGAAGCGUUGUAAGUCAGAGACUUCUCAGCGUUGUGAGAAAAAGGAGUUAUGUUUACUGAAUAAUAGUAAGUUUCCUGAAAGAGCACAGAGAAAAUACCAGGUUAGCAAUGGUUCCUUUUGGGGGCGUGAAGAAAAAUUGUGUGAAACCUAAUUGAAAACUAUUGUAUCCUAAACCAAUACCAUCAAAUAAGAAAAAAGCCUUGUAAUCAUGCUGUUCAUUUCAAUGUGAAGUGUAUUUCAUGUCUGUAAGUAAUAGGAGUUUUUGAUUUUUUCCAAAAGCGGCAGUGCUGAGUUCUAGAGGUUUUGUAAAA